AUGUCUGACUGGGAAACCACUACCAUGAUUGGCAACCGCCGCACUGGCGCCGGUGCCCCCCAGCACGCCCAAACCCUCCGAGGCAACAGUGCCAUUAACGCCGCCAAGCGCACUGGAGGCGUCACCUCUGAGAAGAAGUACACCACUGGUAACCUGGCCGCCAAGGCAGGCCAACCCGAGGGCCAGCUCAUGACCAAGGUCGACCGCAGUGAUGAUAUCGUCAAGCCCAAAUACAUUGAAGACCACAUCGUUGACAACGUCAAGCGCGCCCGCGCUGCCAAGGGCAUGUCACAAAAGCAGGUCGCCGCUGCUGCCUCCAUUCCCGUCAGCGUCUACACCGAAAUCGAGAACGGAAAGGCCAUGGCCAAGGACGCAAACCCUGCUCUCAACAAACUGCAGAAAGUGCUUGGAUACGGUCUGCGCAAGAAGCAAUAA